GACAUUGCGUGACCACGGUGUUCGUCUUCCAUACAAGCGUGCUUGGAUGGGGAAGGAAGUUGCUAGGUCAGUGAUUCAUGUUAGUGAGGUUAGUAGCUAUGAUUUGCUUUUAUGGUAUGCAGAUAAAGUAUUCGAGACAAAUCCCGGUAGCGUUGUUACCAUUGACAAAGAAGGCGAGCGAUUUAAGCGUGCUUUUUUUUUUCAUUCGGGGCUUGUUUAUUGGGGUUCAAGCAUGGGUGCAGGCCAUUACUUUUUAUUGAUGGAACCCAUUUGUUAGCCAAGUAUGGCGGGGUUCUGCUAGGGGCAACAGUGAAAGAUGGCAAUGAUGGUCUAUUCCAUGUAGCAUUUGCUAUCGUCGACAAUGAAACUGAUGAAAACUGGACUUGGUUUCUCGCUACUCUUGGGGAGGCCUUAUAUGGUCAAGAUACCUACGAUAAAAUUAUUACAUUUAUAUCAGAUCGAUCGAAGGGCCUGGUCAAUGCCUUCGCGCGAGUCUUCCCCUCAUCAACACAUGGUUAUUGCCUAUGUCAUUUGGAGGCGAACUUCAUAAAGUCUAACUCUAGCCUUGGUAAAUCUUUGCGAAUGCAAUACUGGGCAGUAAUCGUGAAAAUUGCGUACGCAUACACUUCGAAAGAGUUCGAUGAUGCAGUUCGUGAACUUACAUGUCUAUCGGCCAACGCACACUCUUGGUUGAUGAAUAAGUCCGACGUUGAUCAUUGGUCGAAUUUUUUAUUUAAAGGAAUGCGAUGGUGCGAGAUGUAUUCCAACUUGGCAAAAUCCUUCAAUGCUUGGAUUAAAGAGGCAUGGUAUGUGCCAGUAACAAGCAUGGUUGAUUCUAUCAGGUUUAAACUUAUGAAUAUGUUAGCCAAAAGACGAGAACAAUCCAACAGGUGGGAUAUACUUAUGUCCUGAAAUAUGGAAAAGAGUUGAGCAAAUCGUUGAUGAUAGUCGUUUACUUAGAGUAGGGCGGUCUAUCGGAGACACAUAAGAAGUCAUUGACAAUAACAGCAACACAGUCAGCCUCCAGUCUCAUCAGUAUUCAUGUAGGAGGUAGGAAGUACAUGGCCUACCGUGCAAGCAUGCAUGUGUCGCGAUUAUGCAAACAGACACGAAUGUCCAUUCUUAUAUUGAUGAUUACUUCACAGUGGAAUGGUAUCGUCGGGCGUAUGCGAAUUCAAUAUCCCCUGUUCCUGACAGUGGCAAACCAUCUGACGACAACCGUCAACUACGACUUAGGCUACCAAUAUCAAAGAAACGGCCAGGCCGUCUAAGGAGGAAGAGAAUAGAGUCACAAGCCUUUGAUGUCCGUCAAUUACAUUGUAGCCGGUGUCACGAAAGUGGUCAUAAUCGGCGAUCAUGUAAUGCAGAUAUAGUGG